UGCAGGUUUAUCCCCACAAACCCCCACCACAAUCGCUAGAGGUACCUAAUGUAAUCCGUAUAAUCACCGGAAUUAGAGUUAUUACUAAGCCGAUAUCAAUCUGAAUCAGUAGCGCGUCGUUAGCUUUCUUCCAACAGCUAAACAGCUAUCCAAACGCGGUUGUUCCUUAGCAUCUUAACCGAUGAAUUGCCGGCGCAUCUGCAUUUUACAGUCUUCCAAGGUUCCCUUUUACAGCUCAAGUUAUCACGAUAUCGAAUAAUUACAUGUACAAGAAGAUUAUAUUCUAAGAUUAGGUACUUGUUAUUCUUCGAGAAUUUCCAAUUAUCAAAAAUGCUCGAUCCCUCCAAGUUCGACCGCAUUUUCGGUUCUCUGGAUCCUUUUCCUUAUGACCGCAAUGUUAUCCAACACCUUGAAGCUUCUCGACGAAGUCUUGAGGGUUCCCUGUUUAUUGAUCGAGUAAUGAAAGCUCUGAACUUAUCAAAAGCUACUAGCCACUACCCUCCCAAAAACGGCGACGCUCUUCGACAAUUGUACAGUCAGAUAUGCGAGACCAAGAACGCUACCAUUCACCACAAGCUCUCAGUAGUAUUCUAUCUACUACUAGACGUUGACGAUCGAAAUGGGUCUAACCGGGCUGAAACCCACGCUCAGCGUACUAGCAUGCCUAAAAAUUACAGGAUCUUCAUGAAGGGAUUAUGGCACAUGGACGCACUACAAUUUGAUCUCGCAUUACAGUAUCUUACCCAUCCAUCGCUCCAACCUGAUUUCGUCGACGAUAUCAUCACCGUCCUUGUCCGCAACGCCAAGAACGGCGAUUAUAGUCUACCUCUCGCCUAUUACCAUACAGUUCAACCUAUUAUCCAAUCAUCUUCGGCCUUAGAACUACUAUUCAAUGCCCUCGCGCGAUCGAGCGUUAUUGAUGCCUUCCAGUUUUCACGAUCACAUGCCGAAUCCAUGCGUCGGCAACUUUUCCAAUGCCUUGUCUUAUCCGUGUUGGAGUCUGCUCAUGACGACGAGUCAGCCGAGAGGGCGCUCGAUUUAACUAGCUUACCGUUUGAUGCCCAGGAAGAGCAGUGGUUCAGGGAAAGCUUAGAGAGCGGUGAGGGAAAGCGGCUGGCUGUGGCGAAGGAUACGCUUCUCAUGCGCCGGAUUGCUUCCGGUCAUGCUGUAUUCGGAGGCGAAGCAGGUACUUGGGCCGUUGUUCUAGAGGGUGUUAAGACAGGAAGUGGUGGACGUGCCCAAGCAUGACCAAGUGAAAAUAGUUGGAUUCUAACAAUGAUUUCGUGAAUGUUGGUCACAUAGCGCCGGCGUUAGGCUUCUUACUCAACCUUUUAUAAGGCAUCGAAAAAUAUUGUUGUAAUUUUUAAUAUCUCUCCUUAGCAGGAAGAUCAACUGGGUGUCACUAGACAAUGAGCCUUUGUUAGCAUACCCAACUACAUCGCACGUGCUCGAAUCGCAUAAAA